AUGGCAAACUGCUACGACCUGUAUGGCAACCAAGAUUUGAGCCAAGUCCCAUGCUCGCAAGAUGGUGAUCCGGCGCAAUGCUGCUCGCUUGGUGCCUCGUGUGCCAGCAACGGGUUAUGCGUGAACGAUCCUGCCGAUGAACGCCAAACCCCCUACUAUAUGAGCGGCUGCACAGAUCCAAAUUGGAUAGAUGGCUCAGUUGAGAGCUGUCCCACCGACUGCAUCGUUACUGGAGGAAUCGGCGUCAAGCCUUGCGGAACUGAAAGCUUUUGCUGCUUUGGCUUCACUGAUUGCGACUGCCAUAACUCUACCCAGACUUUCUCUCUGGACCGCGUCAAUAUCGUCACCACCCUCCCGAGUACGCUCCCCUCGUCCUCGUCUAUAACCUCUACCUCCACCUCCACAUCCGCAUCGUCGUCCUCUUCCCCACCGACCGGAUCGUCAACGGCCGGCACGACCUCAUCCCCUUCAGGUAGCUCGAGUAACAAUCUCGGCGUGGGACUUGGUGUGGGACUUGGUGUGGGCCUCCCGCUGUCUGCGGGUAUCAUAUUUGCUUUCUUGCUGCUGCGCAUGAGACGAAAGGCCUCAGAAAAAGCACAAGAGAGCGGUUCGCGGAAUCCUCGACCGGGCUUUAUCAAGUACGGACAUGGUGGUAAUCCAGACCCGACUAGGCAUACAUAUGAAUUGUCAACCUCUCCAAACCAUCAAGAGGUUCCGUGA